GUAUCCUCUGUCAUUGUCAUCACAUUGGUACUGGAAAAAAUUGCAAGAUCGAUCUUUUUUGGGUCAACCUACUCCGGUACCGAGCUCGCGAAUUUCGUCUUUGCCGCGUAAACUGUGCGUUUCUAUUGUGUGUUUUGUGUCCAGAGUUUUUAAAAAUUGUGUCGGCGCUCCAGAGGACAGAAAUCGCGGCGCUCUACAUUACGCUUCUUGUAGAGCCGAUAACAAUGACAUGAAAACAUACUUAUAGGAAGUUAAAUUGUGAUAGUCCGUGAUUAUACCCCAAUUUUGUCGACUAUGCUGCUUACGGCCAAAAGUUCUUUGCACAGACCGAAGCGGUGAUGCGGAUGAUUUUUCUCAGUGUGGAUUUUUCAGUGUCGCCUCCUAAUUUUUUGAAGCAAAGUAGAACGGACAUAUAGUGCUAAUUAUCGGAUAUACAACAGUGACCCACAUCAUUUUUUUAUAUUGGACAAACCGAAUCUAGUUAAUCGAAAUGUUCUAUUCGCGUGCAGGAAGUAGAAGAGGACACAGAUAAAAAUGUUAACGAUGGCAACAAUGAAAUAUCCGAACGUAUCAGGUGGUAGCAACAUGGCCGUAAGCGGGAACGGUCCCCACGUGGACGACGUCGAUUCCUUGUUUGCAUCAUCUUGUUGGCAGAAUUCAGCUUCAAACGUACAGAACGACUUCAUGGAGACGCAAAAGUUAAUCUUGGACAGUUCGAUAAACAAUCUCGGAUCCGAUAAACUGCUUCUGGACAACUCGAUUAAUCAUGACAACGAAAUCGCGACCAAAGCAACGAUGGAUGCCCUGGAUAACUUAUUACUGAACUCCCAGCCGAUUAACGCAAAUUUAGCCGAAUUAAAACCAUUGCCACCAUUUACAGGGUACACGGGCCAUUUAAGUAUAAACGGUAUACAGGGACACCACUAUCACGCGCUAUCACAAAGAAUACCCGAAGAAAAUAAUAACAGUUACAAUAGUUUUAACGAACAAAAUAGUUUAGUGUCUAGUUCUACCUGUAACGCAAUUACGGACUCCUCUGACGAAACGAAACCUCUAUACGGAGUGGACGAAGUUGUCGGCAAAAUUGGUUACACGGAUUGCGUUAACCCAGAUUCCGUUUCUGGUACAAAAAUUUACGACGAAUGUGGGCAACCGACCGCCGAUUCGGUUACUCAUAUAAAAACGGAAAUAGCGGAAUACGACAUCUCCUCAAUAGACGACAUUGCAACCCUCAUAGGAUCUGCCAUUGCAGACACCACCGUACCCAACCACGCCCAUGAGGAAGACCCAUCGGGCUCGCGAGACAGCUGGAUGGACCUCGAUGCGUGGAUUGAGGGUGCGUGCAACGAUCAACAAAAAAGCCUAAUAAUAACGCAAGACGGCUUAUCCGAAUUUGUAAUACAAAACUCCCCUCAGAACAAUAACGAAUUCAAAACUCACGUCGAAUACUCGUCCAAGUUGCAUUCCCCGCCCGGAAAUUCGACGUUACAAUCUCUACUAACCCACGGCUACAUGCCUCUCUUACAAAACAGACUGCAGAACGGACCCCCGAUAAAACAGGAAGCGCCAAGUUCGACGAAUUACGGACUAGAAUCCUCGACAACCUCCAGCCCACCCUCGGUAGUUUCAACGACCGACAACUUAGUUUUAAGCAUAAACGGACGUUUCGUGCACCACUACAGCGUCCACGGCAUCGAACCGGAUGACCGAAUAAGAAGUCCCGAAAUACUCGGACCGAACUACCCGCAUACCACGACAACGACACCAAAUAGUACCAAAAAAUCGCGAAGUAGGGCGCAGAAGAAGCAGCAUACGGCAAGUUCGACUGUGUUCCAAACUGAACAGAAUUUAGGUUUGUUGGGCAAAGAGAAACCAGUUCAUAGGUGUAGUAUUUGUAACCGGGGUUUUCUAAACAAGUCGAACAUUAAGGUACAUUUGAGGACACACACGGGCGAAAAACCCUUCCGAUGUGAAACCUGCGCGAAGGCCUUCCGCCAAAAGGCGCACUUAUUAAAACACCAACAAAUUCACAAACGCAUCGGACGGGACUGACGCCCAUUCUUUUCCGUUAUACUACUCUUGUUUGUGGCAGUUUUGUGUUGUACGCGUUUUUGUAUAAAACUAUUCGUUAUUGAAUUGACAGGGAGACGAAAGACCAAAAAAAUUAUUGCAGAUUAUCUAUUUAUAUAAAUUGACUGUACAAAAAUAUUUUAUAUUGGUAUUAAAACCGCACUAUUUAAUAAUAACAACAAGAGAUGUUUUCUUCGAAAUGCGGCACAACUGAAAUUGUUGCAAACAAAUUCCGUUUGGCGUUUUUGGCCAGAUGGAGGUCUUCAAACGUGCUAUAAAAAGGUACCUCAUAAAAGAGCUAUAAUAAUUCCUAAUUAAUGGACAAUGUGCAAUUUUAUUUAGUGAGUUGGUGCAGACAACGAUUUUGUGAAAAUUAGGUGCGCACUCAGCAGAUCGGGUGAGUUUUUUAAAUUUUUUUUUAAAGAAACAAUCCAAGAUCGCCUAUGAGCGUCGUUUUUUUCGGUAGAAGCCCGCCAAAUUUUUUUUAAUUCAAAUCGUUCACAAACUUCUUUUUACAUUUGCGCAUUGUGUUUUGUAUUCUGUUGUAUAUUUAUAAUUAUUUGUAUUAUAGUGUUCUCUUAACUUAUAUAUCGUUUAAAAUCGUUGUUUUUACUUCCUAAGGUGUACAUAUAUGUUUUUUUUGUCCAUUUAACACGAUCCGCACUUUCUUGCUAAGGUACUGCGUCGUUGUGAAAAUCAAACGUGUGGUUCAAGCUUAGACUUAGGUUGAUCAAGAUCUCAAUUAAUUAUCAAAGAAAGAUUAUAUGCAUUUCGGCAGUACUGGAAAAUCACGAUUUUAGCAAAGGUUAACGUUGGGCUUCGAAGAAAACUUCAGUAUUCGCGGAUAUCAAUGUGUUAAAAGUACUAUUAUUUUUAAUUGUGUGAUAAUAUUUUGUUUGUGUACAGAAAUAGCUAUUUACCUAUAGAUGAAAUAUUUGUUUGAGACAGACACACAAUUCGCUUAUAUAGAAGAGUAUACCCGCAAUUGAUAGAGUACCUAUAGUGUAAUUAUUUCUUUUUUAGUUUGACAUAGUUAGUACUAUUUAAUAAUUGUUAUCAUUUUAUUGUUGAUUAUUAUUACAUAGUGUGUUGUAUAAUAAAUGCCUUAUUUUUAA